UUUUUUAUCGAUAAGUCCGCGGUGACACUGAAGCAAUCGCCGCAGCAGCAUUUUUUAAUAAUUAUAAGUGAUUUGUUUAGGUUUAUUUUAAAGUAAUGACGGCAAAAGAGGACGAGGUACAGGUUUUCCACAAGGGCGAAAAGGUCCUGUGCUACGAGCCGGAUAAAUCGAAGGCGAGGGUUCUAUACAACAGCAAGGUUUUGACUGUUGUAGAGCGCAGAGAUGAACAUGGCCUGAGGUACUACGACUACAAGAUCCACUUCCAGGGCUGGCGGCCGUCCUAUGAUCGAGCUGUGCGUGCUAGUUGUCUGCUGAAAGACACGGAGGAGAAUCGUAAUCUUCAGCGUGAACUGGCAGAGGCCGCACAAUUACAGAUAAGUGGAGGAUACUCGUACAAGGGCACGCCCUCUCAGCCUCCCAGCAAGAAGAAGCGCUUGACUCGCGUGGGAGGCAACAGCGAGGAUCAGGAACCAGCCUUGGACACCAUCCAGGGACAGAAGGAACCAGAGGUGCCGCCUACAAACGGCACUCAACCCGCUGCCGGGAACCGUUCGCGGGAAAACAGUGGAGGCCGCAAACCGGAAAAGAGUAUCGGUGCCGAGGAGCUGAAAAUGAGGAACACGCGUGGUCAUUCUACAGUGAAAAAGCCAGCCAAGAAAGAAACGGUAGAAGUGGAGAAAUAUGUUGUCCAAGAGGAUCGUGUAAUGUUGCGCAUCAGCGAGCGUCUGAGAGAGUACAUGGAGUACGACUACAACAUGAUUGUAAAGCUGGGAAAGCAGCAUGCAAUGCCUGCCCGUAUGCCCAUUAUCUGCAUCUUGGAGAACUUUGUGAAGCAGCGGGCCGUGGAGCUGGCUAUUGGAAUCAAGCAAGACAGCAAGAGGAAUACUCAGAGUCGGAAUGCCCGCAUGGAGCGGGAGUAUGAUCGGGUCAUGUCCAACGUCUGCAUGCUGAAAGAAGUCGUCGAUGGACUGCGAAUUUACUUCGAGUUCCAUGUCGAGGAUCAUCUGCUCUACAAGGAGGAGAAGGAAUACGCUUACAACUAUCUCACGGACGACAACUUAAAGAACGUCAGCGUGAAGCUAAACAGCUCCUAUGACUUCAUCAACCCAAACUGCGACACAGAGCUCAUCUCAAUGGAAGGAACCCAAGGAGGGGCUAGUGCACCUGUCCCAAUAAACAACUACGGAAGCCAAAUUAUCAACGGAUUAGAGUACGAAAAACAGUUUCAAAGGUGUCUUCUCUACAUCGCAAAGUCGAGUGGCAAGAAUACGGCCAACUCCUAUGAUCCGCGGACAUGUCCGUACACGGCUGCCGACAAGCUGCCCAUGGAGAUGCGUGGUUUUCUGCGCGAAACCUUCAAGUGGCGUCUGCUCUCAGCGGAAUCUAUGCCGGAGAAGUCGAUGGUGUUUGGCGCUCCCCAUCUAGCACGACUGAUGAUUAAAGUGCCCGAGUACUUGAAUAUCUCGCCCAUUCCAAAUCAAAAGCUAGAGGAUCUGCUACCACAUCUGGACUCAUUCAUCAAUUACUUGGAGAACCACAAAGAGUGGUUCGAUAAGGAGAACUACGUGCAUCAUCCCACCGUACACCAGGAGCAGCUGCAACGAGAGCUGCUCGUGUCACUGGAACAAACCGCAUAGAAUGGAUAGAGCGAUGGUCGUGCGGCUUUCUGACAUUUUAGUUCAAAUUAAUGCUAUGGUAUUUUAUUUAUUAUGCAGUUUAAAGCUUAUUCCUCUUUUAUUUCAAGAUUUGUAAUUGUCAUUUUCAUGAUUUGGUUUCUUCAACUACACUUUGUAAAUAACGCGCUUCUAUAAAAAAAAUAUGUUUCCUACACAUGUAUAAUCGAAUAAUGUCUAGAACUACAUGUUAAAUAUGGAAAAUACGAGUUUAACAUUUUUUUAAACUUUUUUCUGUUUACUUAAUCUUAGGUUUAGUUGAGUAGUUUUACAUGCUAGUAUUUUGUCUCUUUUUUUUUGUGCUCAAAUAUAUUUAAGAAUUUGAAA